UAGUUUAGGUGUUUAUUUUCCACAUCAAAGGACAUCCUAACUUGCACAGAUCUUCUCGCUCAGCCAUGUCGGUCCAUUGCAGCAGUAAGACGUUCACCACUCGGAGUGUGUUUGGCUCAUCUUCCUCUGGUGCACUGGUCAUGAACAGGGCCUCUUUGUCUUUUGGUGGACAAAACCAUGGCAGCGCUGGGGGCUUUGGUGGCCGCAUCACCAGAUCUUUGUCCACUUCAUCCUUGACGACGGCUGGUUAUGAGAUCGCGUUGCCUGGCAAUGAGAAGCAGACAAUGCAGAACCUCAAUGACCGCCUGGCAUCUUACCUGGAGCGGGUGCACACUUUAGAGCAGUCCAACAUGAAACUUGAGCUGCAAAUUAAUGAGUUUUACAACAACAAGAGGCCGAUGCUGAGCAAAGACAUGGGUGCCUAUUUCAAAACCAUUUCAGAGCUCCGCACACAGAUGAACAGUUGUUUUGUGGAGAACGCUGGGCUACGUCUGAAGCUGGACAACACCAAGUUCGCAGCUGAAGAUUUUCAGUUGAAGUAUGAGACGGAAAUGAAUCUGCAUAUGGUCGUGGAAGCGGAUUCGGCUCGACUGGGGGGGGCUCUGGGAGAGAUCAAACUCUACAUCGGAGAUCUAGAGACCCAGCUUACUGGACUGAAAGAGGAGCUGCUGUACAUCAAGAAGAACCAUGAAGAGGAUCUGCAUUUGUUGCGGCAGCAGCAAAGCAGCUCUGUUAAUGUGGAGAUGGACUGUACCACUCAGUCAGACCUUGACAAGGAGCUGCAGGAGAUGAGAGCGCAGUAUGAGAUGCUUAUUGAGAAAAACCGCAGAGAGGCUGAAAUUUGGUUCCAGAGCAAGGCUGAGGAUCUGCAAACUCAGGUGACAACCAGCUCUACUGAAAUCAAGACAUCUCAGAGUGAGUUCGAUGAUCAGAAGAGAACUUUCCAGAGCCUGGAGAUAGAACUACAGGGGGUUCUCACAAUGAAACAAAAUAUGGAGCAGAGUUUGGCUGAUGUAGGCAUGCGUUAUGCGGUCCAGCUGAGUCAGCUGCAGUUGCGCAUAGACCACCAACAGGACGAGCUACAGAAACUCAAUGCCAACAUCCAACAACAGGCUUCAGAGUACCAGAUCCUGCUGGACAUCAAGAUGAGGCUGGAGAUGGAGAUCGCUGAGUACAGGAGGCUGCUGGAGGGAGAAGCUCACACGACCUUCAUAAGCACAUCUGCAUCUUCCAUGGCUAAAACUUCCGUGACAGAGACAGAGACAGAGACAGAGACAGAGACAAAGACAAAGACAAAGACAGAGACAGAGACAGAGACAAAGACAAAGACAAAGACAGAGACAGAGACAGAGACAAAGACAAAGACAGAGACAGAGACAGAGACAGAAACGGUGACCAAAAUGGUGGAGAUCAAGGAAGAGGAAGAGCAUAACCCUCACCUCCAGCGCCGAGUGAAGGUCAUUGUGGAGGAGCUUGUGGAUGGCAAAGUCAUAUCUUCUUCUGUUGAGGAGAGAGUCCAAGAUAUUAGCUGAGAAGAUCAAAAACAAUCUUACAUAAACAGGAAAACAAAGCCAAAUUAGGCAAUUUAGACAGGACAUGGAUGGGAAAAAGAGGACUUAUUGUCACUCUAUAUUAAAUACAGUAUCAAUCUUAAUUCUGUGGCAAUAAAUUGGGAUUGUUGGAAUUGGUGUUUUUUUCUUCUUUUUUUUCUUGCUCUAAGAAUAAAAUGUAGC